AAAAAAAGCAACACCAGUGAGGCUGCGCUGAAUGUGUACUUUGCUCUGUUCGACCUUUUAGUAAACACACACACCUGAAAAAAUUCAGUAGGACAAAAAAGAAGCAUUUUUUUCAGGCAAUCCUUGAGGUUUUAUACUUUUUGAAGCAUUUCACAUUGAGGAUGGCAAACUGUUCAUCUGUGAAAUUGAACUCCGGUCAACCAGAUUUUGUGCAGUUUAACAAUCUCGCGUGUGAAACAGCAGGAGGGAAGGUGAUUUUUGCAACGGAUGAGUGGUUUGCUCCUGCUCGAAAUCUCUUGAAGAAGGAGCCUGCAGUGUUUCUUGCCUCAGCUUUUACUGAGUUCGGGAAAUGGAUGGACGGUUGGGAAACAAGAAGGAAAAGAACACCAGGUCAUGACUGGUGCAUUGUGCGGUUGGGAGUCCCUGGUGUCAUUCAUGGCUUUGAUGUGGACACGUCGUUCUUCACGGGAAACUUUACGCCUUCCAUUUCUAUUCAGGCUGCCUGUCUCGAUGGAGUGUCCGUGCCAGCUCUCGAUCUUGAGGGAGACCGUACAGGUAUGGCUGCUUCAGAGAGCCAGUUUAAAGCUGUGGCACAGCUCCACUCUGAGAGCUGGGAGGAGAUCGUGCCAGUGUCAAAGCUGAAGCCUGGAUACUCUGAUUCGUGCCACAACUUCUUCGGUGUCUCCUUCCCCCGUCGAGUCACCCACAUCCGUCUGAACAUGUAUCCUGAUGGAGGGAUUGCGAGGUUGCGAGUGUAUGGGGUCGGACAACGAGAUUGGUCCGGUGUGCUCAGUCGGGAGGAAGUAGAUCUCGUCACACUGGUCAAUGGUGGAGUGUGUGUGGGCUACAGCGAUGCGCAUUUUGGUCACCCGCGCAACAUGAUUGGUUUGGGAAGGGCUGAAAACAUGGCCGAUGGGUGGGAGACAGCACGACGUCUGGAUCGUCCCAAAGUGUUGAAAGUGGAUGAGAAGGGCAUCUUGCAGGUCCCUGGAUUUGAGUGGGCCAUCUUCAGACUUGGGCAUCCUGGUGUGAUCAACAAAAUUGAGAUAGACACUAAUCAUUUUAAAGGUAAUUUUCCUGACUGGUGUAAAAUUGAGGCCUGUAGUUUAACCCCAGAGGAGGAACAAACGUAUGUAAGGAACAAGUGGAGCAGUGAGAAAGGUCCCGCAUGGAAAAUGCUCCUUGUUCCUCAGAAACUGAAGCCUCACUACAGGCAUCUGUACUCUGGAGAGUGUGUGCUGCAGUGUGGGUGUGUAAGUCAUGUGAGGCUCGUAAUUGCUCCUGAUGGAGGGGUCAGCCGGCUUAGACUCUGGGGCCACAUCAUCUCCAACAACUCAACUAAUCGUCAAAUCUCAAAACUCUGACCGUUAACACCACAGCAGAUUGGUCUGAUUGUACACGAACACUCAGGAGGCCAGGUGGUUAGUUUUACUCGAGAUUUGUUUUGUGGCUCGUGACGAUUCUUGUGUAUUAUAAAAGAGUGAGACAUAGCCCAGAACCUAAGCAUGGAGAUGAUGCAAUAUUCUUUCCUAAUAAUCAACUGGAGUUAAUUGAGUAUUUGUUUACCGCAGCAUUACACAAUGUAGCCAAUGCACAAUAAUGUGUGGUCAUGAAAUAUUAACACCUUAUUAAAAAUGUCACCUCAGUGGAAAAUUAAGAGCAUUUCUCUGCUGGUGUUACACCAGUUUAACUGGAUUUAUGUUGUGAAAUCCCUCAAGAUUAUAAUCCAGAUAUAGUUAUCUUAAAUUACUAGUCAUUAAUACUAAUUGAAAGUCCCCUAAUUAAUUACAUUAUUAUUAAAUUAUUAACGGCAUGUUAUAGUUCUAUUUAUUGAUAAGGAAAAAUUUGCUUGACUGUAUUGCAUUUAUCACAUUCACUGUACAACAAUUACAAUAUUUCCAUAAAAAUUUCUGCUCUAACCCUG